AGGAGUGCGGGACCCUGGUGCACAACUGAGCAAGAGGACAAGUACAUUAGAGUGUCUAGUUUGAGAAACAGAUUACUUUGGGACAGAUUACUUUGGGCUAGAUAGAAAAUAAAGAAUGCUGCAGGACUAAAAUAAUUGCUUGAUUUGAACAGUAGGCUACCAGUUCUUGGCCAGUACAAGUUUACGAGUGAGUUUUUGUUAAAAAUAAGAUUGACCUUUUUUUCUUUGAGCUGAAUCACAAUCAAUAAACACAAAUAAUACAUUAGUUAAAGAUUUGUUAUUUUGAGUCUUAAGAGAUCAGUAAGUAAAAAGAGACGAACUUCCCGUCACUUGUCCAUAACCUGUUCUUUCUCACCCCAGUCAGACCAGUGCACUGGCCUUCAGGGCUUCCUGAUCUUCCACAGUUUUGGUGGUGGAACUGGCUCAGGUUUUGCUUCACUGCUCAUGGAGAGACUGUCUGUGGACUACAGAAAAAAGUCCAAACUGGAGUUUGCCAUUUACCCUGCCCCUCAGAUAUUGCUAAUGUUUAGUUGUUCACAUGAUUAUUUGGUAGAUUUCCAAAUCAGCAAAACUUUUACUGUACUCAAUACUUGUUUGAUAUGUACAUUUUCAUUAUGUAACACCUAAUGAUGACAGUUCUACCUCUUGUGUAUGUGUUCAGGUGUCCACAGCAGUGGUGGAGCCCUACAACUCUAUCCUGACCACCCACACCACCCUGGAACACUCAGACUGGUUGACAACGAGGCCAUCUACAACAUCUGCCGUCGUAACCUGGACAUUGAGCGUCCCACCUACACCAACCUCAACAGGCUCAUUGGCCAGAUUGUCUCCUCCAUCACCGCCUCGUUGCGUUUCGAUGGAGCCCUAAACGUGGACCUGCCAGAGUUCCAGACCAACCUGGUUCCCUACCACCGUAUCCACUUCCCCCUGAUCACCUACGCACCUGUCAUCUCUGCCACAAGAUGCUGUCUGUGGCAGAGAUCAUCAACGCCUGCUUCGAGCCCGCCAACCAGAUGGUGAAGUGUGACCCUCGUCACAGGAAGUACCUGGCCUGCUGUACUUUGGGGAUGUGGUGCCCAAGGACGUUAAUGCUGCCAUCGCCAUCAAGAUCAAAACGUACCAUCCAGUUUGCCGACUGGUGCCCCACCGGCUUCAAGGUUGGCAUCAACUACCAGCCACCUAUGGUGGUGCCAAGUGGAGAUCUAGCCAAGGUCCAGAGAGCUGUGUGCAUGUUGAGCAACACCACGGCCAUUGCUGAGGCCUGGGCUCGGCUCGACCACAAGUUCGACCUGAUGUACGCCAAGCGUGCCUUUGUGCGCUGGUAUGUGGGAGAGGGUAUGGAGGGGGAGUUCUCUGAGGCCAGAGAGGAUCUGGCUGCCCUGGAGAAGGACUAUGAAGAGGUGGGAGUAGAUUCGGUGGAAGGGGAGGCUGAGGAAGGAGAAGAGUACUGAACACUAACAUGUUUUAGUUCAUUGACCAUUUCAAUAAAAGUUGUGUGUUUUGUUCCAUUCUCCUGGGGAUUUUUACCAGCAUGUGAUGUUUAAAAAAAAAAAAUCAAGCAGGAAAGUAUAUAUUUUUUGGGCAAAGUUAACUACAUCAGCACAAUUGUUCAAUUGUUGCCACCCCUAUACUAGCCUGUUCAACCUCUCUUUCGUGUCGUCUGAGAUUCCCAAAGAUUGGAAAGC